GUGGCGUCCCCAGAGCCGCAACGGUUUCUGCUGUCCGGUCGGGAGGGCGGCAGUCGCUUGACUGAGCCCGGCGACGGCUCGUAGUCCGUCCCUAGACACCCGUGCGGGCUGAGCUGUUAGCGGCGCGGUGGAUUUUAGAGCAGCGCCGGUGACCUCGCUGCAGGUGCUUCGCGCCGCGAUCGCCUCCGAGGUGGAGGGCGACCACCUUCCGUGGGUUCCGGAGCCUGACAGACCUUGGGGUACCUGAAUCCGCCGAGGGCUCCGGAGGAGCGACAUCUCUGUGGGAGUUUGUGUCCUCGCGUGUGCCGGGGCAGUCUAGGAUUCCUCGGGGCUCAAACGAGACCACCGGGACUAAGCUUCCUCCUCCAGAGGCCCGGCUUCCCCGCGUCGAUUACUGCCUUCUUUUCAGCCCCUCUCCAUGUUCUCCUCACACAUCUGGAAAUAUGAUCAGCGCCCCUGACGUGGUGGCCUUCACCAAAGAGGACGAGUACGAGGAGGAGCCUUACAAUGAGCCGGCCCUGCCCGAGGAGUACUCGGUGCCGCUGUUCCCCUUCGCCAGCCAGGGUGCCAACCCAUGGUCCAAACUGUCCGGGGCCAAGUUCUCCCGGGACUUCAUUCUCAUUUCUGAGUUCUCCGAACAGGUGGGACCGCAACCCUUGCUGACUAUCCCCAAUGACACCAAAGUGUUUGGCACCUUUGAUCUCAAUUAUUUUUCCCUGCGGAUCAUGUCUGUGGAUUAUCAGGCCUCCUUCGUGGGCCAUCCCCCUGGCUCGGCCUAUCCCAAGCUGAAUUUUGUGGAGGACUCCAAGGUGGUGCUAGGGGACUCCAAGGAGGGAGCCUUUGCAUACGUGCAUCACCUCACCCUCUAUGACCUGGAGGCCCGUGGCUUCGUGAGGCCCUUUUGCAUGGCUUAUAUCUCGGCAGACCAGCACAAAAUCAUGCAGCAGUUCCAGGAGCUGUCGGCUGAAUUUUCUAAAGCUUCUGAGUGCUUGAAGACAGGUAAUAGGAAAGCAUUUGCUGGAGAGCUUGAAAAAAAGCUGCGAGACUUGGAUUACACCAGGACAGUGCUGCACACAGAAACUGAGAUCCAGAAGAAAGCUAACGACAAAGGCUUUUAUUCAUCUCAGGCGAUUGAGAAAGCCAACGAACUGGCCAGCGUGGAGAAGUCCAUCAUUGAACAUCAGGACCUGCUGAAGCAGAUUCGUUCAUACCCCUAUCGGAAGUUGAAGGGGUCUGAUCUGAGUGCUGGGGCGGCAGAGGGCUCCUCCCAGGAUCAGGCUGGACAGGCAUCCACUACCUCUGACCCUGACGAGCCUGUGGACACAGAAGUGUACGCUAGCCGACCAGACUACACUCCCAAACUCAUCAAAGCCAAGUCCACCAAGUGUUUUGACAAGAAGCUGAAGACCUUGGAAGAGCUCUGCGAUACUGAGUACUUCACCCAGACGCUGGCUCAGCUCAGCCACAUUGAGCACAUGUUCAGAGGAGACCUGUGCUACCUCUUGACCAGCCAGAUCGACAGAGUCCUGCUACAGCAACAGCACAUCACAAAUUUCCUCUUUGAAGACUUUGUGGAGGUUGCUGACAGGGUGGUAGAGAAAGAAGGUAGUGCACCCCUUGAGCCUAGUCAAGACAGGCCACCUUCCAGGUCUCUGGAAGAAUGUCUGAUUCCCAAAGUGUUAAUCAGUGUUGGUUCUUACAAAUCAAGUGUGGAGUCUGUGCUGAUCAAGAUGGAGCAGGAACUUGGAAAUGAGUACAAGGAAGUGGAGGUGACAGAAGUGAGCAAUUUUGACCCCCAGGAGAACUUGGACUAUCUGGAUAUGGACAUGAAAGGGAGUAUCAGCAGUGGUGAAAGCAUUGAGGUCCUAGGAACUGAGAAGUCCACGUCUGUACUUCCCAAGUCUGACAGCCAGGCUAGCCUCACAGUACCACUGAGCCCCCAGGUGGUCCGGAGCAAGGCGGUUAGCCACAGGACCAUCAGCGAGGACAGUAUCGAAGUCCUCAGCACCUGCCCCUCUGAGGCUCUCAUCCCUGAAGACUUUAAGGCCAGCUACCCAAGUGCCAUUAACGAAGAGGAAGCAUAUCCAGAUGACAGUGAGGGAGCCAUCCACUUCGAGGCCAGCACUCGCCCUCCUGCUCUGGGGGAGGCAGAAGAGGGCAGCUUAGAAAACGCUCCGUCACACACCGACUCCUCUUGCUGUAUUGGGAAGGAGACUGACAGUUUGCUUGUGCCACUUCCCACUUCAGCCCUCAAGCUCUCUGAUGACAAUAGUGUGGUGAGCAUCCCCCCACAACGCUACAGGCAGAAAGACCCAGGGUUCCAUGUGGACUUUACAGUGGAAAACGUCCACCCUGCUUCCCGCGAUAACAGUUCUGAAAGCUUUCCCCCUUAUGAACUGGACCCUAGCUGCCUGCCGGCUAGCCGGGAUGUCAGUAAGACCAGCCUGGACAACUACUCAGAUUCUACCAGCUAUGUUAGCAGUGUGGCCUCUACCAGCUCACAUAGGACUCCUUCCUCUGCACAUCCCACCGGCUUCUCUUCUGAGAGACACAAAAAGAGGGCUGGCCAGAAUGCCUUAAAAUUCAUCCGCCAGUACCCCUUUGCCCACCCAGCCAUCUACUCCCUGCUCAGCGGGAGGACACUUGUGGUCCUGGGAGAGGAUGAGACCAUCGUCAGGAAGCUUGUGACAGCACUGUCCAUCUUUGUCCCCAACUAUGGCCGCUAUGCCAAGCCUGUGAAGCACUGGGUCUCCUCCCCUUUGCACAUUACCGAUUUUCAGAAGUGGAAGCUGAUUGGCCUGCAGAGAGUGGCCUCCCCUGCCAGUGCUGGCACCCUGCAGGCCCUGAGCCGCUAUAGCCGCUACACGAGCAUCCUGGAUCUGGACAACAAGACCCUGCGCUGCCCACUGUACAGAGGUACCCUUGUGCCCCGGCUGGCUGACCAUCGCACCCAGAUCAAGCGGGGCAGCACCUACUACAUGCAUGUCCAGAGCAUGCUCACCCAGCUCUGCUCCAAGGCCUUCCUGUACACCUUCUGCCACCACCUGCAUCUGCCUGCCCAGGACCGGGAGACACAGGAACUGGUGGCCAGUCGCCAGAUGAGCUUCCUAAAGCUGAAUCUGGGCCUGGUGAAUGAGGAUGUUAAAGUGGUUCAGUACCUGGCUGAGCUGCUGAAGCUGCAGUACAUACAGGAGUCUCCGGGGAUUGGCCACCCCGUGCUCAGGUUUGACUAUGUCCCCAGCUUUUUGUAUAAAAUCUGAGGUUGGUCCCAGCCUUGUGACCAAGACCUGUGACUCAGGGCAGAGAGGUUUUGGGAGGGGAGCGUGGUUGGCCUGACCAAGCAGUUAACCUGAGCUUGAUUGCUGAUAGACUUCUGGUGGCAUCAGCGGGAAGGAAAUCAAGUGGACCACUGUGACUCUUAGGAUUCUGGGCAGCUGGAAGGAUGGCUAAGGGCGGAGAGGAGAGCCUGGUUCUCUCGGAAGAUGUCUGGAAGGGCAGUAACAGGCACAAGAUUGGGGGUGGCCCUUGGCUUCCUGAGAACUGGUACCAGUGAAGGAGAAUCAGCAAUCCCUCAGGUGGGUGGGCAAGGCGUGGGAGACCAGAGGCUCAAUGGAGAAGCUCAGUCAUGAUCAGCACCUGCUGACACAGGGGUGUCAGAAUGAGCAGGUGGAAGUCGGAACCACAGAACACACGGCCUCAUUCACACCCAGCUGGAACCCCUGAACAAGUGAGGACGAGGGGUGAGCUGGCCCCCCAGCUGCAACGUCUGUGGACCUCACAGCUUUCUGGGCCCUGCACUGCAGAGAAUGAGAGAAGGGGUGAGCACUUCCUGUCCUGGUUUCCUCCCUCAGAGAUACCGGCAAACACGAUGUCUGGGCCUGAGCUGCUGGGUCCUGAUGGAAGAGGCUGUGCUCUGAGAGGCAAAGCACCCAGGGGCAGGCAGGGCAGGGCUGCCUGCGGCUGUCCCCACUGUCCUCUUCAUUACGGGUGUGCUGCACCCACCAGUCUUUCCCGCCAGAGGGAGCCAUCACUUUCCUUUCAUAAAAGGUCUGCAGAAAUAUUCAAAAUCAGCAACAGCCCCCCACCCCGGCCACCCCCCUCUCACACACUCUCCAGUCCGCUCAUCUUGCAACCACAGUACUACCUCGCAUGGAUGGGGUCUGACAGCAUUUUGCCCACUCCCCAGCAGUGAUUGUGGGAGAGAUUUCCUGUAGAAGCCAGGCUCCUUUCUCUGCCUCCACUGCCCUUCCCCACCUAAGUCCCAUCUUCACAGAAGGCAUUUUGCCACUAAAGAAAGUCCACCCAUUCUCCCCGCUUACCCACCUCGACCAUGACCUGCAGCCCUCCCUCCUCCCAGUGGUUCCUUGUAGGAUCAACACCAAGCCUGUCAAGGGAGGAGUUCCUAUAACUGCGGUUUUAGAGCAUUUUUUAAAAGCGGGUUUUCCCCGUAAUUGGGGAAAACUUCAGGUCUUACUGCUGCUUCUUAGUUUGUUCCGAGACAAAAGGUGAUGGCUGGGCCUGAAUCGGCCGCAGUGGCUGCUCCUGGCCAUGUGUACAUGUGCAUUUACUGAGCACUGCCUGCAGUGUCACUGGCCCACCUUUGGGUAGCACCAUUGAGGUCACCGAGGGAUGCCGCACAUAGCCAGGGCCUGCUUGCCACCCUCCGUCACACAGGUGUCUGCACAGAAGCACUGUGGGCGUCCAGCCAGCAGCCCCUCUUCCCUUGCAGGGCAGUGGCUCUGCACGAGGCUGCCAUCAAGACCUUUUGUGGCAGAUGGCAUUGCCCACACUGCAUCACUCCCUUUGUACCUGUGCCCCUCUGUGUUCACAGACGGGUGGCUGCCGUCUCGCUGUGAAGUGUCCACUGUUUGCACAGAAGGCCAAUUCUGCCGUCACCUUCCCCUGUCGCCCUGCCCCUCCCUGGUAUUUAAGUGCUGCUUCAUUCCUAACUGGGUAGUCAACAGCUGUCUCAUGCAUCCGAGGGCAUGGCGGUGCACUGUUUUAUCUUAAAGGUCUGUGGAGUCCAAGCGACAAGAACGUGACUGCUGGCACUCCCACCACUGUUUUGUCCCCACGCCUGCAGCAACGUGGACGCCUGCACUCACGGGGCUGCUCACUGAGAAACGCACAGGCAGCCGAUUCGCGUCUGGCCAAUGCUGAAAUGCAGCCAUCCUGGGCCUUCUAGAAGAGCUAAAGCCGUGCCCUGCAGUGAUCUCUGCGGACAGCUGCUUUGAAGGGUGUUCGCCCAGAGACCCGAGGGCAAUUCAGAAGGUUGACAGGGCUCUCAGUAAAAGACCAGUUAGGGUGAACAGAGCUGUUUUCCUGUGCACAGAGGGGCAAACCAGGAGUGUAUCUCACCUGAGUUCUCAUCACUGGGAAGGUGGCAUUGCUGAAUACUGAACAGUAGUUGAUCCGCAGGAUUUCACGUUGGUUAAAAAAGUACCUUUUUGGUGUGGCAGUUUCAAAGGAUGACUGGAUGCCAGAAACCUAGUUCAUGAAGGGGUGCUGAUCCGAGGCUUGAGUUCAGGCAGAGGUGUUCAAAGCCUCGCAGCUCUGCUUCCUCCCAGCCCGGCGCCAUUCAGAGCUACUAGGAAAGUCUUGCAUCUAAAACUGUCGGCAGUGGGGAGACCGAUGCAUUGGGGCUGAUCUUUCCCAGAAAUUCCACUGGUGGUUUUUCCUUUAGAAAUAGGUGAAUAAGUCAUAAUAAAGCAUCCAAAAAAAAAAAAAAGUUUCAGAAAACAACAGUGCCUGCCAUUUAUGACUUCUUGAGUCACCACUGUCAUGUUCUAGGCCAGGCACUGAAACCCCGUGCUUGUCUGAGGUUUAUUUCAACUUCACUUAGAAGCUGUUACCCGCCUCCUGCCCACCCCCUUUGACGAGUUGUCCAUGGGAAGAGGAGACUGAUCAACUCGCAGUGAGGCCCUCGUGGUUUUAGAAGCUCCAUUGUAGCCAUCGAGCCCGUGUGAUAGGUAACCCUAGCCUGACACCUAUUUUCCUGGAAGCCUUUGCUCCCAUGGCGGAGAUAGGGGAUUUUAGAAGUUGAGACCUUUCUGUAAUCUAGGAUGAGGCUGGCAGCACAGGAUGGCCCACUGUAGCUCACCUGCCACCCCUACCCUUCCUGGCAUUUGUUUCAGACUAGUGACUCUGCCCAAAGCGUUGUUGGUUCAGUCCCAGUCUCCUGUCCAAGCCCCAGAGGCUGAGGGAUGUGCCUUCCCGGCCACUGUUGGGGCUGCUGUGGCUCCCGCAGUGUUGCUCAAGGCAGAAAACACUGCACACUGGACAUCUUGUGUGCAGACUGCCCACGUCACCACUGCAAACAUGUUCCCCACCCCCAGUGUGGCAUGCCCAGCUAGCCUCUAGUGGCGCUGUCUGUCUGCAAGGCAAGCAGCUCAUCUUUAGUGGAGAAUUUGUGGUGGGUGUGCCUAGCCAUGGGAGGGACUGGCCUUCCUCUGGGAGCAAUCUGAUGGGUCUGGCUUUUGCCCCCCCCCCCCAAGGACACCAGCCAACGGUCUGCUGCCUCCCAACUGUAGUAUAAAGGGACCAGAUCUGGGGUCCCUUCUGGGCUGUCCCUAUUGAGCACUGGUGUAACCCAUCUUUAUCAGGUUGGAUGAAGCCGCAGGGAGGCAGACAAGCGGGAGGUGUUGAAACUGGGCAGCAAACCCACCUGGAAGCAUGGGACCUGGCUCAGCUACUGUGAAGGGCAUGCACUCUGCCCCAUACAGUAGGGCCUCCUGGCAACAUCCCCACCGCCGGGGCCUAGUCAAGGCCCUCAAUGGUGAUGUUCUGGCAGCAUAACAGUGCUUCCCUUGCAGGCUGAGAUCCGGAGUUUGGCACAUCCCGGUGACUGCAGCAUCUGCCCUGCCCCCCCAGAGUGAGAACCACCCAGCAUCACUGGGCCUGUGCUGCAUGGUGACGCUGGGGAGGCAGCGCUACAGGGCACGCCUCUGACCGACAUGGGUGGACAUGCAGGCUCAAUGGAAGUCAAUGCUGCCUUAAGGUCGCGGUGAAAAACAGUCUGGGAUGAAGUCAUGUCUUGUGACUUUUUUCGAAAGCGAUUUUAUCACUGCAUGUUUCUCUGUCCUGUUGGGACUGCCUCACCAUGCUAGCAGCGCCAGGUUCUCACGAAGUGGCCCGUGGGAGGGGUUCACCUGACGUGCGUGGUUCCAUUUGAUAGGUGUCGCUGGACAAGAGUUUAACCAGAGGAAAUGCCAAAUAAAUAGUAUGAGAAGUGUACUUUUUGAAAAAUUUAAUUUAUUUGAGUUCAGCUAUUUUUGAAAUACAAAAAACUGGUUGUAUUUUUCAAAGCUAUCAUUCCUGUAGAUGUUCAGUGAUUAAAAACUUAUGGCCACCCA